AAAUGUCAAAGAUAUGUCAUAUUUGAUAGUUAUUAGUUAAAAAGUUGUUUAGUUCCAAUUUGAACUGUUAUGGCCAUUGAUAAUAAGUUGUUUUAAAUUUUACGUUUGUGUAAAACAAAUUGGUGCAUAAUCAUAGUUAGAGCUGUACUGAAGUGGACUGUGUGGCAUGAUAUUAUUAAUUUUUAUUUGCAUCUAACAGUAGAUUAGUAGAAAUGGUUCUUCAUUUUGGCUCUCAUGUUACAAUUAAAAUAAAAUUUUGAGAAUUCAGUUAUCCAAGAAUGGAAUUAACAAGUAUAUCUAGUUUUGAAGUACUUAAACUAAAUCCUUCGAACUUAUUGCUGCUGAUUAACAAAUGUGUAGAAAUAAAACUUAUAAAAAACACAAUACUAUCAGGUUUCAUUAAUUCUAUUGAUCCUAUAGACUACAGUAUGGUUAUAUUAACCCUCCAAGAAGACAAGGUUAGAACAACAUUGAUACCGGGUCAUGCAAUUUUGGAUGUCUGUGUGAAGGAACCGGAUUCAAGUAUAAACAUUCCGAAAAAGAAGUCUAUAGAUUCGGCAGCAGUCUGCAAAACCAAUAGAAAGCAGAUGGUUCUUGGAUGGUUAAAAGAAAAUUUGUUACCAGUCUCUGAAAUGAAUGAGAACAUUGUUUUUGGGAAUGUCACAAUCUUACCUCCAUACCAGAUUACAGAUAUAUGCACUAAUAAUCCAAUGGUCGCAAUGCAACUUGUAAAUAUUAUGAAUAAAAUGCCAGAUGACUAUAACCCAGCAUAAGUAAUGUAUGGCAUAUUUGUUAAUUUGAAUUUUCAAUUAAAUUGUAUAAUAAGUUGUCAAAUAUAUUAAAUUU